AUGCGAUCACAAGAAGUGGAGGAAGUACCAUCUUCCCUCCAGAUUGGCUCCCCUACUAGCAACAGAAGACCCUCCGAUAUUACAGUUCCUUCUGCUUUGCGCGUUGGCUCUCCCGCAACGGGCGAUGCUCCACUAUCUCAUGCUCGGCCACCACUGCGGCGCAAGAACACAUCCGGCGCCUCGGAUAGGCUUUCGCAACUCUUUCCGUCCCGUCCUUCCUCGGUCGCCUCCAUCACAUCUCCCAGCAGUACCCCUGCAUCAAGACGACAGUCGUUUCCCUCGCCUCUGGUACCGGCUUCAGAGCCCUCGUAUCGUAUACCCCGCGCUCCGGCGCCGCCCUCUUUUGCCCAAGAGACAUCAUACAAUCCUGUCGCAACCGUCUUUGCUCAGGAUCGUGCAUCAUCGGACAAGAGCAACAGUAGGACUAAGCGGGUCCUCGACCGAAUCGCAUCGCUGCACAGAGGAAGCUCCCAAGGGGGACAUUACAACCGGCUAGAUGAUGAAGAAUCACGGCCAGCCGGGAGAACGCUAAAGGAGGUCGAAGAGGGAGAUGAAGCAGUCGGGUACGACCUCAGUUCGCUCGGUGGUCUACCUAUGAAGACGUUCGGCGCGCAGUCGAAGACACAAGACACAUAUGAAGCGAGAGGAUAUGACCGAGAUAUGAAUGAGGCUAGUCAUGCUGCAGAGUUUGAAAGACUUGAAGCGCAACUCGGAGCUGGAAUGACUUCGAUACGCCAUAGCCCAUUUACGCACACCCCCACUGGACCAUUACCAGGCUUCUUCCCUGGCCACCGACGAAUAUUGUCAAAAGCGGAUGUAGCAGACGAGCAGGCCAAGAAGGCACAAGACAAGGCUGAGAAGACUGGCCAAGUCGUUGCUGUUGCAGCAGAUGUUCCAAUCGACAUUAGCGAAUUUACCGGAGUUGCUCGCGAUUUCGACUCUAUGAAUAGCUUAACAGCUGAGGCUGGUCUUAUUAGAAGUGAUGCGCAAACCAGCUACUUCUUCCCAGAAGACCCCCAAAUGCCUACGUGGCGGCCCCUUACGAUGAGCUCGUGGUGGAUCCUCAUACUUGUCAUCCUCGCACUAGCGCUUGCUGGUGUACAGGAAUACUUGUGCCAGGUUUCCCUAAGAAACGUCAAGAAGGAUCCAUUGCGCGGUGGCUUGAAGUCGUUUGAUAAAGUAGGCGAUCUAACUGUCACAGCAUACUUCACGUGGCAGUACGCGCCUAUCAUCAUCUCAGUCUUUUACGGUGUUCUCUGGCAAAUGUCAGAUUUCGAGGUGAAACGCCUAGAACCAUUCUAUCAGUUAUCCAAGAAGACAGGCGCAACUGCUGGGGAGUCUCUGAAUAUGGACUACCUAACUUUUCUGAGUUUCCUGGUGCCACUGAGGGCACUCCGUCACAGACAGUAUGCCGUCAUUUACAGCUCGCUAGGCACAUUGGUAGCUAGUAGCCUUGUACCCGUCUUGCAGAGUGCAUCUAUAUCAAUGUGGCCACCAGAGAGGGAACGCGAACUCGGUCAACCGAAGUCUGUCAGGGUCGAACCGGCUUGGUCUAGAGCGCUGUCGGCGUGCCUUUUGAUUGUUGCAGGCUGUGGCGGAGCACUCAUGUACGCAAUGCAGCGGAAGAGCGGCUUACAGUCAGAUCCCAAAGGUAUUGCUGGUGUCGCAGCCAUGGCUACUAAGAGCCACAUUUUGGCGGACUUUAAAGGGCUCGAUCAGGCAUCACUGGGCCAGAUACACAAACAGCUUCGCCAACGACGAUAUAUCUUGCACAAGAGUUCACUCUGGCAAGGUGAGUACAUUACGAAAAGCAAGGAAAAAGCUCAUGAGCAAGGCUCCGACCCUAGACCGCUCAUGCUCCGCCUCCGAUCUGGUUUCCCGUUUAUCGGGUUUCUCAUCGUAUUCACCAUAAUGGUACCAAUAUUUACUUUCGUCGAGAAGGCGAGCUUAGUCACACAGAAACUCCCAUGGAUCAUGACAGGCGUAGCAACCAUUAUCCGCAUGCUUUGGAACACGAUGAACAGCGACGUUCGGAUGCUACAACCUUUCUACCUCCUUUCCCUUCGACAUGCGCCAGCUAAAACUCUUACACUCGACUAUGCUGGCACGAAUCCUCUCUGGCUACCCUUCGAAGCCUUCUUCAAUGGCCAUUACCUUGUCAUGCUCGUUGCGUUUGGAUCUAUCCUCGCAGAGAUCUUGACCGUCUGCGUAACUUCGAUCAGCGUUGACGGCAAGAAGUUCAUUCCUGGAUUGGGGGGUCAAGACUGGGACAGUGACGGGGACGGAAAGAAAAGUGACGACAAUGAUCGCUACAACACGGAACAAACCUUCCGCAGUUUCUGGUCGAGCUUCACUCUCACCAUGCUCAUCCUGCUAUACCUCAUCGGCAUCGCCCUCCUCACCUAUGCGAAGCGCAGUCAAAAGUUCAUGCCGCGUCAAAUCGGUACUAUGGCAUCUGUUCUCGCUUUCAUCCACCAGUCUAAAAUGCUGCUUAGCUUCAUCGACACAGAGAAGUUCAACUCUAGCCAGAUGACAAAACAUCUGGAGAAGAGUGGGAAGACAUAUGCACUGGGCUGGUUUCAAGGAAGAGACGGAGAUGACCACUUGGGUAUCGACGAAGAAGAGAUUAGUAGUGCGUAUGUCUACGGCAAGGAUUGGACAGAGGGACGUUUGAGACCAGGUAGAGAUCUGACGUGGGAGCAUUAUUAG